UGCACUCCGUGCCUGCAGGAAUGUCUUAAGCCGAAAAAGCCGGUCUGUGGUGUGUGCCGCAGUACCCUGUCACCUGGGAGCAGAGCUCUGGACUUGGAAAAGCAAAUUGAAACGACAGAAACCACUUGCAAUGGCUGCAAUAAAAAAAUGUAUCUCUCAAAGAUGCGCAGCCAUGCAGCUUCUUGUUCAAAGUACCAGAAUUACAUCAUGGAAGGUGUGAAAGCUGUAACGAAAGAACCACUUCACAACACCAGGAACUUCCCGAAUCGCUUUACCUUUCCUUGCCCAUAUUGCAGCGAGAAAAACUUUGAUCAAGAAGGACUAGUUGAACACUGCAAAACAUUGCACAGCAUGGAUGCAAAACAAGUGGUUUGCCCAAUUUGUGCCUCAAUGCCAUGGGGAGAUCCAAAUUACAGGAGUGCUAACUUCAUGGAGCACCUUCAAAGACGACAUCGCUUUUCAUAUGAUACUUUUGUGGAUUACGAUGCUGAUGAAGAUGAUAUGAUGGCACAGGUUUUGAUGCGUUCUUUGCGAGAUAAAUGAACCAACCAGAAGAUUAGCUGUAAAAUCAAGCUUCCAUGAGGGGGAAAUGCCCAGCAUCCUCGCACUUCUCCCUGUGCAUUCAGAGAUUAACUCAGGCAUCCAUGAAUACGGAAGACUUCAAUCCCUACCCCGGUUUCAAAUCCAA